CAACCACAUGCAAGACACAUCUAGAAUAAUACGAGGCGAUUUUGUGAAUAUUGUUUGGUUUCAGAAGAAAUAAUUAGAAGAAUCUACAUUAGUUUAAACUACAUCGUGUUAUAUUAGUUCAGCAGUUCACACUUAUCCAACAUUCAUAAUGUCCAAGAUAUUUACGCCAACGAAUCAAAUUCGACUUACAAAUGUGGCCAUUGUGAGGAUGAAAAAGGGAGGAAAACGUUUUGAAAUUGCGUGUUACAAGAAUAAGGUUUUGUCUUGGAGGAAUAAAGUGGAGAAGGAUAUUGAUGAAGUUUUACAGACUCAUUCCGUUUUCACAAACGUUUCGAAGGGACAAGUCGCCAAAAAGGAGGAUUUGGUUGCAGCUUUUGGAAAGGAUGAUCAGACAGAAAUCUGUAAACUUAUUUUGGAUAAGGGUGAGCUUCAAGUGUCCGGAAAGGAGAGGCAGGAACAGUUGGAUGCUUCAGUGAAAGAUGUUGCUAAUACGAUUGCAGGGCUCUGUGUUAACCCUGAAACGAAGCGGCCAUAUCCUAUCUCAAUUAUCGAGAAGGGCUUGAAAGAUAUUCACUUCUCAGUCAAGCCAAACCGAAGCGCGAAGCAAUUGGCCUUGGAAGCAAUUCCGCAGCUUAAGACGUCUCUUCCCAUUGAGAGGGCGCAGAUGAGGUUGAAGAUAACUGUGUCAGGACACUCGUGUAAAAGCAUUGCGGAGAAAGUGGGGAACAUGGGGACUGUCGAGGAUAAGGAGUUUAUGGGAAAUGGGUUAACAAUGACUGUUUUGAUCGAUCCUGGCUAUUACAGACAAUUAGAUGAGAUAAUGCAGGCUGAAACAAAGGGACAAGGAAGAUUAGAAGUGCUGUCUCUGAAAGAAGUUAACGACAGCGAGGAAGCUAUCGAAUAAUUAAUGAAUAAGCACCAUCUAAUAAUAAUCAAUAAUAAGUAAUAAUUAAUUGAAUAAGCACCACCACAAAUUAUAACAAAGCAAAACUUUUAUUGUUCAAAUCAGUCUGUUUUUUGUACAUAAAAAUGUUUACUUUCACUUACAA